UCUACGGCCUUGAAACACAGGAAUAGCAGGAGAAUUUGAAAAUUGUUGGAGCCAACGCGGAUGUCUAGAGACUAUACUGAUUUCGCCUCUUCCUCUCUGAUUUCCGAGAUUAUUACAAAUACCUUCGAACUGAUUUAUAGACAGACGGGCUCUGAAAUAGCCUUCAUUCCAAAUUCUUUGGAUGAAAACCGGAACGUAAAAUUGAUGCAUGCUUAUGUGAAGCAGCUCGUGAAGAUGUGUCUCCCUGGUAUCUUCAUUGUUACCCUGUUGACCCACUCUAUUCCUGCUGUCCAUGGUGGGAAAGUCCUGGUGUUUCCUCAAGACGGCAGCCACUGGGUCAACAUGAAGGUCAUUAUUGAAGCGCUGCAUUCAAGAGGUCACAGUGUGUCAGUAGUACGGCCAUCAGACAGCUGGUACAUCAAGGAAACCUCUCCUCACUACAGUUCAAUCACAAUUGAUAAUCCAGGUGGAGCUGAUGAGGAAUUCUUUCGCUCAUUUGUGUCAAGACUAAUACAGAUAAAGAGAGAGGGAAACUCUGCUUGGAGUCGUUUUAGUUUAGACAUGGAGUUGAAGGACGGGUUUUCUGAAAUGCACCGCAAAGUGUGUGAGAUGACAAUCAAAAUGUUAGAGAAUAAACAGUUGAUGCAGUCUAUUAGAGAAACCAAGUAUGACUUGGUUCUGGCAGACCCAUUAAAUGGGGGAGGCAUUGUGCUGGCGCACUAUUUAAAUUUGCCACUUGUUUUCAAUGUUAGAUGGACUAUAGGCGGUGAGGGUCAUUUUGUUAUUGCUCCCUCUCCACUAUCUUAUGUUCCAAUUGCUGCUGCAGAGUUAACAGACAAGAUGAGUUUUUUUCAGAGGGUCCGUAACUUCCUUGUUUAUAUCAUCAGGCAGCACCUGUACAGACAGACAAUAGGAUCUCAUUAUUCUGCUUUAGUUAAUCGUUACUUUGGUCCUGAGGUCGACUACCUCUCAUUGUUUCAAGCUGCUGAUUUAUGGCUCAUGAGAGUUGACUUUGUGUUUGAGUUCCCUCGUCCCACCAUGCCUAAUGUUAUAUAUAUGGGAGGGUUCCAAUGUAAACCUGCCAAGCCUCUUCCCCAAGAACUAGAGGAGUUUGUUCAGAGUUCUGGGGUGCAUGGAGUCAUUAUCAUGUCUUUGGGGACUUUAAUUGGGCAGCUUCCACAUGAUAUAGCUUAUGAGAUAGCUGUUGCUUUUGCCCAACUGCCUCAGAAGGUAAUCUGGAGGUAUAAAGGAGACAGGCCAGCUACUCUGGGUAACAACACCUUACUAGUUGACUGGAUGCCUCAGAAUGAUCUUUUAGGACACCCUAUGACAAGGCUGUUUGUAGCUCACGGAGGAACAAAUGGGAUUUUCGAGGCUAUCUACCACAGUGUUCCAAUAGUAGGCCUUCCUCUGGUGUUCGACCAAACUGACAAUCUUUCUAGAAUGAAAGUGAAGGGUGUAGCAAAGGUUGUGGAUUUAGCAACACUAGAUAGAAACAUAUUCUCCCAGGCCUUACAGGAAGUUCUGGAUGAGCCAUCCUACAGGACGAACAUGCAGAGACUCUCCAGGCUACACAGGGACGUGCCAAUGGAGCCCCUGGACACUGCCCUCUUCUGGAUUGAGUUUGUCAUGAGACACAAAGGUGCUGCUCACCUGCGUACAGAGUCCUACAGAAUGCCCUGGUACUCCUACCACUCUGUAGAUGUAAUGGUCUUUUUACUGACUGUUGUGUUAUUUACUCUGCUGGCUUUCAUUGGCAUUAUCAGAUGUUUCUGUUGCAGGUCAUGUUUGAAAAUGAAAAUGAAAAAGGAAUGAUUAUGGCUUUCAUCUGUAUACAGUGUGGUACAACAAUAUGUUUUUACUUGUCUCACUCAUUAUACUUUUUGUUCACAUGAUAAAUAUAUGUGGCAUUGAUGUAGACAUACAGUAUUGUCGACAGAUGUUUUAUCUAUUUGCUUUUUGAGGAUUUUGCUAAACUUACAACUGUACUUUAACUGUUCAGCCCAUUUAACUGUUCAGCCCAUUUAAUCAAAGGUUUGAAUAGGAAAGUCCAAAUGUGCACUUUAGAGCAACAACCAAGUCAUGAGGUCAAAGGAAUUAUCUGUAAAGCACAGAGACAAGAUUGUGUCACGGCACAGAUCUGGGGAAGGGUACCAAACAUUCUUUGGGCAGCAUUAAAGGUCCCCAAGAACACAGUGGCCUCCAUCAUUCUUAAAUGGAAGAAGUUUAGAACCACCAAGACACUUCCUAGAGCUGGCCGCCCGGCCAAACUAUGCAAUCGGGGGAGAAGGUCCUUGGUCAGGGAGGUGACCAAGAACCAGAUGGUCGCUCUGACAAAGCUCUCGAGUUCCUCUGUGGAGAUGGGAGAUACAACAAAUUGUAAUUCAUAACAUAUCAUACACAAAUUCGUAACAUAUCAUCCGAAUUGUAAUUCAUAACAUAUCAUACGAAAUGGAGGAUGCAUGUCAACAACAACAUAAUUAAUCUUAAACUGCAUCAAUGAUUGCCUAAUAUAGAACUAACUUGUGUUUAAAUCUACCCCACAUGAUAGGGAGAAUUGGAUAAAUUGAAACCUUGUCAUAUAGAUAACAUAAUGCAUGGUGGGAGGGAGCUUAAACACAAAGUCAUCUCUCAUGAGCCAUAGAUCAGCCCCCUGUAAUAACUCAUAGAAGUCCAAACCUGGUUGGAAAAACUCAUCACAAACAGCCUGGUAAUGUGGCUGGAGAGUCAACCUGUCGUAAAGAGUAAAUAGCAAAUAUAAAAUCAUAUCCUUUACUCUCUCUCUCUCUCUGUGAAAGUCAUUUUGUCUGAGUGCCCUGAUAAAGUUAUUGAAAUGUACGACAUUGGUCAUGGCGCAA